AUGGGCGCCAAGGAAGACGCUGUCGCGCUCAAGAACAAGGGCAAUGACGCCUUCAAGGCGCACGACUGGCCGACGGCCCUCGAGUUCUACACAAAGGCCAUUGAGGCGUACGACCAGGAGCCCUCGUUCUACACCAAUCGCGCCCAGGCCAAUAUCAAGGUCGAGGCCUACGGGUUCGCCGUCGCCGACGCCGACAAGGCCAUCGCCAUCGACCCGAACAACGUCAAGGCCUACUACCGCCGCGCCUCGGCCAACACCCUCAUCCUCAAGCACCGCGACGCUCUGCGGGACUGGAAGAUUGUCAUCAAGAAAGCCCCCAAUGACGCCAACGCGAGGCUGCGCAUGGUCGAGUGCGAGAAGAUCAUCAAGCGCGACGCCUUCCUGAAGGCCAUCGAGGUCGACGAUGCGCCCUCGGUCGCCGAAGGGCUCGAUGUCGAGAACAUGAUCCUGGAGAGUGGCUACGACGGCGCCGAGCUGGGCGACAAGAUGACACUCGACUUCAUCGAGGACAUGACUGAGCGCUUCAAGACCGGUAAGAAGCUUGCUAAGAAGUACGCCUACAAGAUCAUCCUCGCAGUCAUGGCCAUUUCGAGGAGCGAGCCGACAAUGAUCGAGCACGAUGUCGAGGAGGGCACCGAGAUCACCGUCUGCGGUGAUACACAUGGUCAAUUCUUCGAUCUCAUGAACAUCUUCAAGCUCGCCGGCAAGCCUUCAGAGAAGCACUCGUUCCUCUUCAACGGCGACUUUGUCGACCGCGGAUCCUGGUCUACUGAGAUUGCCCUUCUCCUAUACGCCUACAAGUGGCUGUACCCCAACAAGUUCUUCCUCAACCGCGGAAACCACGAGACCGACGACAUGAACCGCAUGUACGGCUUCGAGGGCGAAUGCAAAGCCAAGUACACCGAACGCAUCUUCAAGCUGUUCUCCGAGUCCUUCUCGCUGUUGCCCCUCGCAACACUCAUUGGCAAGAAGUACUUUGUCCUCCACGGCGGCCUGUUCUCAGACGACAACAUCACGCUGGAUGACGUCAGGAAGCUUGACCGUUUCAAGCAGAGGCAGCCUGGCCAGUCUGGCUUGAUGAUGGAGAUGCUCUGGACCGACCCACAGACCGCGCCCGGACGUGGACCCAGUAAGCGCGGUGUUGGUCUCCAAUUUGGCCCCGACAUCACCAAGCGUUUCUGCGAGAGAAACGGACUAGAGGCUAUCAUCCGAUCGCACGAGGUCCGCAUGGAGGGCUACGAGGUCGAGCACGACGGGCGCUGUAUUACUGUGUUUUCAGCACCAAACUACUGCGACAGCACUAGCAACAAGGGCGCUUUCAUCAAGAUUGGCCCCGAGUACAAGCUCAAGUACACGCAGUUCGACGCCGUACCGCAUCCCAACAUCAAGCCCAUGGCGUACGCCUCGAACGGCAUGCAGGGCCUGAUGUAA